UCGAUCGACGCAUUUUCUUUGGCAGCCGCCUGUUUGCUCGUUUCCUUCAGGCGUCUUCACGGAGGAGAACUAGGUGUUCAAACGUUGCAGCACUUACUCGUGAGCUGUUUGGAAAGAAAGAAGCACGGUAUUGGCCGGAAAGUAACGUUCGAGAUGAUUUCUCAGAAGCUGCAGGAAAUGGACGAGACCUUACUCGUUCGCAAUUGGCAGACCCCUGUUCGCUUUGACCGCCUGAGCGACGAUCGAAAAGAUGAGCAAUUGUACCUCGACAUGUUACAUUACAUAGAUGGGGUGCCCGACGUGGUUCCACCAAAGAUCCCUGGCCGCCACGCGCACUGCAUAUCGCCCUGCCUUGAUCUUGCGGGAAAUAAGAUCAACUGGGAACAACUGGAGAGAAGGAGCACGACCAUAGCCUCUCGCAUCAUGAAAGACUGUUGGACCGUCUACGAUAAGCAAAUCUGCCAUGAGGCACACAUGUUGUAUUCGGGUAAAAGCAUCCUCAUUCCAGGUGUUCAAAUAGUGGACGACGACCAAAUGACAACAAUCCUCAGUUUGCUGAAAGAAGUGCUGGUGUUCCGAGAGCUUUUGCCCAUUCUUCCUCAACUCUCGUGGCUCGUUCCACACGGGCCAAAGUGGGUGGACUCUUGCCAAGGGUUUUGACGGAUACUGCGGAUUUGAAAGAAGUCUAGUUGCAUCGUUUGGUAUUAACUUUUUUUGUAUGUUAGAUGAAGAUAAAAUAAAGCAUGGACCUGGACAAUGAUCGUCUGGUAGUACAGUCUCGAAAACGGGCCUGGGAAUGCUACCGAGAUGAGACCGAGGCAUUUUCGGCGCCGAAGAGGCCGAUGUCUAAUUUCGGCGUGGCUCCAUAUUCGGGUAUUUUGGGCGCGUACCUGCAAGAUAGAGAAUACUCCAAGUAUGAUCAUGUGCGCGAAUUUGCCUUGAACCACGGUCCUUACGACGUCGAUCCCUUCAUUCCCGCUGACGAGGAAGAAAACCCGGUCACUCAAGACGUGUGGUUCAAUAACUUCGGGCCGCUCGGUCAAUCGACGAUAAUCGGAGAUGGAAGAUUAGUCUUCAAGUACAGGGGUAUCGACGUGCUUCGACGCAUUUCUAAGGACGACCCUUUUCACACGGUGGAACGCGUGAAAGAGGACAAAGUGUUCUUGAAAGGAUAUACGAUGAAGUCGAGCGAUCACGCUUACCGACAAGAGCUCUUGAGGAACUUGACUCAGGAUUACCAAGUAGCCCCUACCGACGAGCCUCCUUAUGGAGGGCUGACGACUGGCCUCACCUUUGCCGAUCUCAAGUCGCACAUCCGGGCAUACGUGUCGAGAGUGAAACAGCUGAGGCGAACGGUGAUGGCUUCAAAAGCCGAAGCGUUUGAGCUGGCCGAUCACCAAAAAACCAUCUAUGGAUGGAGUCGCCCCAUUACAGUGAGCGGUGGAAGUCAGGCUGCGGCCGGCGUGGAAGCGUUGCUGUCAUUGUGCAUGGGUCCUCAAGACUUGUACGACCUCUUUCGGCCAAUGGGUAUCUGUUCCACGGGAAAGCGAAAAAUCGACGUGGAAACUGACCUGGUAACGAUCUUGAGCGGGGGAAAUGGGAAAAUGGGGAUAACGUCUUUGGACACUUCGACAUGCGACCGAGGAGAAACGGCACCCUUUUGCCUGUGGCUUGUGUACCAGCAAAAGUAUUCGAACGUCGUCCAAAGCGCAAACCGCCACUUGGAUAAUUACCCCGACGUGGACUUGGUGAUGACCAACAAACCACAACGUGCGUUUCUCCAAGCCUUUAUGUCAAACGUGGGAAAUGCGUCGUAUUCGAGUAGAAAUAAUCCACGCGAGAUCACGCCUUUUAUUUUUGUGCAUGUGGCCAUAAUCAGGUGCAGCCAGUAUCCAGAUCUCGAUGACGAGACAGAUGUGUAUAUGACUCUGGCCGAACAACAUUGGCCGAUUGUUCUCUUUCCUUUUCGUCUGAAGACUUGA